AAUGGGAAAACUUUGCACACAAGUACAUCUUCACUGAUGCUGUGGAGCAGUGCCUCAAAUUCGAGGGUUUGAUGGGUAAGGGGGAACUAUCGCGCAUCGAAGAUCCACAUAUCCUUCGGAGACAACUACUACACGAAAAGGUUGUGUCGCGAUUACAGUGGCUCAGCAGGGCUUUUCGAGGAUCUAGCGACAGAACGAGAUACCUCUCCGCCAAGCAGCUCGCGAAUGACAGCGGUCAGAUAAACGGACGCAGCCUGUCACCGGUGGAACAGAAGAAGUCGUCCAAUCCCGAACAGCGAAUUCGUCCAAAGAGUCGACAUGAGUUUGAUAUUGGGAUACUAUGCGCUCUCACGAUCGAGGCAGAUGCUGUUGAGGUUCUCUUCGACCAUAAUUGGGACGAUGGGCCGAGUUACGACAAGGCUAGUGGAGAUCCCAACGCCUACUCUACAGGCUCCAUCGGCCGUCACAAUGUCGUGCUCACCCACAUGCCAGGUAUGGGGAAGGGAAGUGCUGCGACUGUAGCGGCUCAUUGCUUCAACAGCUUUCCAAACAUCAAGCUUGCAAUUGUUGUGGGUAUAUGUGGUGUUGUGCCCUUUGCGCCGGAGAGUGGAGACGAAAUCAUCUUAGGAGACGUCAUUGUGAGCGAAGGCAUCGUCCAAUACGACCUUGGACGCCGGUGGCCUGAGCAUUUUGCUCGUAAAGAUACCCCUCGGGAGUCAUUGGGGAGACCACACGCCGAAAUUCGAUCGAUCUUGGCGAAACUAAAGGGUAACCGCAAUAAGAACGGGUUGCGAAACGAGAUGGUGAGCCAUCUUGAUAAAUUGCAGAAUGAGUCAGACCUCAAAGCAGAAUACCCAGGCCCACAAAAUGACAGAUUGUUUGAGGCAUCAUAUCGACAUAUUCAAGAUAAUCUCACAUGUCAAGAUGGAGGGUGUCGAGGCCAGCUAGUACGCCGCCGCCGCUUCAUUCAAGAAGCAACACAACCAGCAAUCCAUUUCGGUCUUAUGGCGUCGGGUGAUACAGUUAUGAAGUCUGGUGAGGAUCGAGAUUCCAUCGCAAAACGCGAGAAUAUUCUUGCCUUUGAGAUGGAGGGCGCUGGCGUGUGGGAAACCUUUCCUCACUGUCUAGUCAUCAAGGGUGCUUGCGACUACGCGGACAGUCACAAGACAAAGAUAUGGCAGCAGUAUGCAGCCGCAACAGCGGCAGCAUGCACAAAAGCAUUCUUACGCCAUUGGAUGCCAUCAACGGCAAGUAGUAAAUAAUUAUACGGC